AUGUUUGGCAUAAAGUUUCUCCUACUUAGUAUUUUAUUAAACAAUGUUUCUUCAGACAUUUCGUGUUCUACAGAGCCGAAGUGUGACUGCAUUAAACUUGAAAAUGGCAUAUUUGCAGAUUGCCGUGAAAAACAGCUAAACUCGUCGCCUACGUUCAACGAAAACGUCAUAUCUAUCAAUCUUAGCAUCAAUAACUUAACUUAUCCUCCCUCAAACAAGAAUUUACCAGAGAGUUUACUUCACCUGAAUGUUUCACACAAUAGAAUAUUUAACUUAUCUUUUGAUGGAGAGAGAAUAACAUUUUGGAAAAUAAUAGGACUACUUACUUUAGAUUUAUCAUCAAAUGAAAUAUUACUUGAUGAAACAUUCUUCUUUUCAAAUAUUUUUUCUAAUUUUUCGCUUUUAGAACUGCUUGACGUAUCAAGAAAUGUAAUUCCCGUAGACGGAUUUACAAAUUUCGAGAAAGUGAUGGCCCCAUUGAUUUCUCUGCGAUUUCUCUCUGUAGAUAUUUUUGAAAAGAUAACAUUCGGUAGAAGAUUUGAGAAAUUGUCGAAUCUAAAGUCAUUGAAACUCGCUGGUGUGUGCAACACUUCACGGACUUUUAUCAUUAAGGAAGAUUUUUUCUUUAAUCUUCCUUUUCUUGAAUAUCUUGAUAUUUCCGCUUCAGAAGUAUGGACAAAUAUUUUUGAUAAUUUCAAUAGACCUUGUUACUGCUCCUUGACAAGUAUUCACAGAGGAGCUAUUGGCAUACUGGCUGAUUUGAAAUAUCUCGACAUAUCUAAUAACCGAUAUCUUGGACUUUGCGGAUUUCGUAAUGUUAACCGAUGCUCCACGAUUACUCCAUAUUUUUUCAAUUCCUUACCAUCACUAGAAACUCUUUUACUGAAUGAUAACCUGUUAGGCCUAGCUGGAACACUUCAAAGCCGAAAUGCAUUCUUUGUUUUUGGGUCUCUGACUAAUCUUCUGUAUUUAGAUUUGUCAUCAAACAAACUCUCGUCACUUUCGAAAAACAUUUUUUGGAAUUUGAAGAAAAUAAAACUAAUAAGUUUAAAAGACAAUUUGCUAACUGACCUGAAUAUAUAUUUAAAACAUAUGUCAGAUUUGACCUUCUUAGAUGUAUCAGAAAACCAGAUUCUUUACUUAUCUAGAAACGCGAGAUAUGACAUUAGUCAUCGUGCAAGCAGGAGAUUAAACAUUGACCUUUCCAAAAACCCGAUUUUGUGUUCUUGUGAUUCACUCAAAUUCCUGAAAUGGUUACAAAAAAAACAACGUGUUUUUAAGGAUUUGUCUAAAUACCAAUGUUCAAAUACUACUAAUUAUGAGACCCUUACAGAUGUCGUAAUAAUUCUUGACCAAAAAUGCUCUACACAUACCGUUUUGAUCAUGGUAAUUUUAUUUCUUAUUGUUGCCUUUAUUGUUUUCCUCAUAAUAAUUAUCAUAUACAGAAAGAGAUUGAAGCUAAAAUAUUGGUACUAUAUUGCAAAACGUAAUUAUUUUCAGCAUGCUUAUAUGCGCUUGGAAGAUAGACAAAGAUACAAAUUUGAUGCUUUUCUUUCUUACGCUGAAGAAGAACGUCUUUUCAUUAUAAUGGAGGUGAUAAAAAAACUCGAGGAGAAUGAAAAUUUACGUCUGUGCAUUCAUGAACGGGAUUUCAUUCCAGGGUGCGAUAUCGCAGACAAUAUCAUAAAUGCUAUUCAUCAGAGUCGUAAAGUAAUUUUCGUUGUAACUCCUUCUUUCAUGAAGUCAAAAUGGUGUAGAUUUGAACAACAUAUGGCUUAUAUGGAAUAUGCUGUGUCCAGGCAAGGUGUUGAUUGUAUCAUUAUGGUAAUAAAGGAAAAAAUAAGUGAAAGAGACAUUCCUAGACAAAUGUAUGACAUCAUGAAGGACGAGAGCUAUAUAACAUUUCCAGAUGAUGAAGCCGAUCAAGCGGCUUUUUGGGAACGUUUAAUCAAUUCUUUACGUUAGUUUGGAUAUACAGGAAAUGUAUGUGUGUGUGUGUGUGUGUGUGUGUGUGUGGUUUAUGUGUAUUAUAAAAUAUAGAGAAUAUACAAAGGAGGAAUUAUAUUCCAAUAUUCCAAUUAAAACAGGCAGUGCCAUGGCCAAAAAAUGAAAGCGUCAAAAGGAAAAACACAAAAAACAAAAAACAUGGGAACUAGGGACUAACAUGAACCACACCAAAACUCGAAGGUAACUCGGGUGCCCCAGAUGGGUAAGAGUGUUAUGUAUAUAUAUGUUUGUAUUUUAUUCGCCUUUCCAUAUUGUGUUUGUUUAAGUUAAUGCUUUAGGUCCUGCUAGUUAAUAAUUAAAUCAAAAAUGGAAUUUGAUACAAUAAUAUCUAUAAUUUUCGUACCUUGAAUAAAUCUUACUGAUUUUGA